AUGCUGCUGCCGCUGCUGGGCGCCUGUGCUGUGGUGGGGCCAUUCCAGGGUCCUGAGUGGGAGCCAGUUCGGGGCCUGAUCUCACAGGAUUGCAGCUGUAGAGACCCCUGGUGCUGUGGCAAUCUGCUUGUUCUCUGCCUCUUUCUGAUCUGGCAGGUCCGGCACUAUUGGCAUCACUUCACCAGGAAUCGCCUGCUCAGAAGGAGUAUUAUCAAGGUGCCAUCGCAGAAGUGGGCAAUGCCCUCCAUGAGAUGUGAAAUUUUCUUUAGGCUAGCUCCUGAAUUCGUCAGUCCUGGCGAUUUCAGAGGCCGUGAUGCUCAUGUCCAACAAUGGGUACAAAAGCAGAGGUGGAGAUACCGAAAGAGCCUUCUAGAAUCAUGGACCCAGAACAUGUUCUCUUCACAAAAUCUGCUUCAGGACUCAUCUUGGGGUGCUCACACCUUGCAUGAGCCCAUCUUUUGUAUCUCCUCCUUUUCAAGCACCUGUCCACUCUCUCAGGACAGUUCCUGGGAAACAUGGCAGGUAUCCUGGUGUCUCAAGGGCAGCCAGACUCACUCUGCCCUAGACACAUGCCAAAGGAUUGGGCGACUGCUGGUUCACUCCCAGGAGAAGUUGGUACCACUGGAGCAUGUCCUCAGCAGAAAAAUCUGUUCCCCUCCCAUGACAUUUGUCAUCUCUCUCCCAAAGCUCCCUUCAGCUCAGAGGCUGCAAUUCUGCUCUGGACAGUUUCUGCCUGAUCCUGCCCACCAACAAAUGGUAAUAUCCACCUGGAAGUUCUGGAAUAACCCACAAGACACCUGGGCACCACUGAGUGAAACCCAGACAAUAGGCAGAGAGUAUUCUAGAGAGACUCAGGCCCCAGGGUGGGCAAACCAGAGAGAGAGCAGAGGGGUAUAUGCUUGGGAAAUCAAGGCAUCUGGGGGCCAACUCUCAAUAGACUUUGGAACGGAGCAUUGUGCAGAGGCUAAGGAUCUGGAGUGCAGAAACCAGUCACUGGUUAUAAAUGAAACUGAUGGAGAGAUCCUGAUUCCAGGGCAGAAGAACCGGAUGGAAAUUGAAAAUCAAGCCCAAAUUGAGGAAGUAGGGAAGAAAAUCCAGAGGGAGGCAGGAGGUAAGAACCCUCCUGAAACCCAGAUUCACAUGGGAGAGAAUCAAGAACAGUUAAGAUGUAAAGUUGAUGCAAAGACCCAAACACCACGGUGGGGAUACCAGGAGAAGAGUGGGGGUGGGGGUACUUUGGAGAUUCAGACAUUUGAGAGGAAGAACAAGAAAGAGCCCAGAAAGGAGGAAGAGGGAGAGAUUCAGGCCCAUGGACUAGGGAAGCAGGGCCAGACUGGAGGUGAGAAUGCUGCGGAGGCCCAGAUUCCAGAGUGCAGGAAACAAAACCAGACUGGAGGUGACCCUUCUGCCGAAACUGAGGCAGAAGAAGGGAGAAACAAGGAUCAGGUUGGAAAUGAGGAUGCUGUGCAAACCCCGACAUCUGGGAGGGAGAACCUGGAAGACGUCAAACAAGAGAAUAGAACAGGGGGCCAGGCCCUGGGAUGGGGCAAACAGGAAUGCAGCAGAAGUGAUAAUAUUACAGAAAUCCAGGCACUCAUGGGGGAGAAACAGGGUCAGGGUGGAGGUGAGAAUGCCAGAGAGACUCAGGCAUCUAGGGGAGAGAAACAGAAACUCUCAAGACAUGCAGUUCAAGUGAGGAGGAAGAAGUUGAAGGAGAUAAGAAAGGAGGAUUGGGUGGUGAUCCAGACACGCUGGUGGGGAAACCAGAGCCCAGUAAUGAAUGAAAUUGACAGACAAUUCAAGAUAUUAUGGAAGAGAAAUCCAAGAGGGUUUAAAGACAAAAAUGGUACAAUGAACCAGGAACUUGGGGGAGAAAAUCAGGGCCAGUUAGAAAAUGAAUUCCAUGGAAAUAUUUGCAUACCACAGUGGAAGAAUCAGGAGCAUAUUAGAGGCAAGGAUGGUGCAAACACCCAGAUACUUGAGGCAAGGAACUGGGGAGAAUUAACAAGUAAAAGUGAUGGAGAAACCCAUUCAGCAGAGUGGAAGAAAGUAGAGCAUACCGAGGGUGAGAGUAGUGCAGAAAUUCUGUUACAAGGGAUGAGAAAUCUGAGAGAAGCAGAAGAGGAGGAUGGUAUAGAAACCUGGGAAGGUGGGGAGAGAAGCCAGAGUCACUCAGGAAGUGAUAUAGAUAGGAUGAUUCAUUCAUCACAAUGGAAAAACCAGAAGCAGAUGGAAGGUAAGGAUGGAACAGAAAUUCUGUCCCCAAAGAAGAGAAAACAGAGACAACCUGAAGGUGAGGAUGAUAUAAAAACCCAGAAGCCUGAGAACCAGGGACAGUUGGAGAAUGUAAUUGGAAGGAGCCAUUCCCCAAGAAUGGGGAGCUGGGGGCAGACUGAAGGAGAGAACAUUGCAGAAAAUCAGGCAUCAGAGGAGAAAAACCAGAGAGAGGCUGGAAUUGAGAAUGGUAGAAAGGUUCACAUACCUAGGGAGAAAAAUCAGAGUCUGCUAAGAAUUUUCCUGCUGGCUACUGGGGAGGGAGAGCAUUUGAUCAGCCAGGGCAUAGCCCCUGCCAGGGAGUACAAAGCCCGGGUCAGACCAACCUCCCAGCAGGCCCAAACAGGAUCCCGGAGAAAACCACAAAAGCACAAAGGGGUGGAUCCAGGAAAGAUCCAUAGAGUGACACAGCCCCAGAACCCACAGUCUCUGGCUGCUCCCUUUGGCAAGCCCUCUGCCUGUCCCUCUCUUCUAUGUGGCCAAGCCCUCCAAGCUACCACUACUUUGGUGGGUGUUCCAACUACCCUCACCAUCCCGCCCAAGUGGCCAGUCCUCAAGAAGAGCAAACGACUGCUCUUGGAGUCCCUCAUGCGUCGAAGGAUUGCACAUCUGAAGUGGGGCCUCCCCCGGCGCAUCCUGGAGUCUUAUUUGCUCUUUAGCUUCUUCGGAUCUUGCUCACUCCCCUGGGCUGGGGUGAAGCUGCCUGAAUUAGGCAAAGGCCAGGAGCUCCAAAGGCAGCAGGAAAAGCAUUGUGAGGCCCAGGGCUCCAUGCCAGGCUUUAAAUCUCCAGAGAGGUUCCAAAGGGUUCUGCCCUCUGAUGGGAAAAGAUCAAAACUUCCUACACAGGCCAGGGCUUUGGAGAGGUGUAGACCACACAGGUCAGAGCCAACGGGCACUUCCAUUCCACCUGAGAAACCCAGGAGAAAUAGACCACCAGGGGGCGCCAGAGAACCACAAAUCCAGGAAGAGGCCUCUAAGGCCAAACUCCCUGUUCCCAAGAAUCCCAGGCCAUGGGCAGAGUCUGUGAACUGGUGCUCCCCAGAAAGGGUACCAGAGCCUUCCAGUGAGAAUAGUAAGGGCAGGAAAGUGAUCAUACCAGAUGUCUCCCAGAAGGCAGAGAGGGCUCCCAGAGAAGUGAGGACCUCAUCUUCCAGGGCCAGCCAUGACCCCUGGAAGAAGGAGCACAUACUCUGGGAGGCCUCUCAGUUUCCCAGACAUAAAUAUCAGCAGCCCACACACUGGAGAAGAAAAAGCCUGGAGCCUGCAGAGGACAGAGGAGCUAGGCAGCUGCCUCCCUCCGUUUCCACAGACUCCUCCAGCAUUAAAGGAAGUCUCUACUCUAAGACAGCCAAGCUGAGCAUGACCCUCCUGCGUAAAAUGUCCUGGUCCCCACAGCUGGCCAAGCCCAGGAACUCAGUCCCUAGGCUUUCCAGAGUGGGUAACCCUCAUGCACGGGAGGACAGCAUCAGAGUUCAUACUGCUUCGGAGAGGGACCAUCAACCACCAGGGCACUGUAGUGCUGGGGUUUCUCUUCCUAGGACAAAGACCCCCCAGGGUCAGAGACCCCAUGGGGCUCCAAAGAAUUCAUCAGCUCCUAAAAAGUUUGGUUUUAUGAAGCGUUUGAGAUGUUUUCUCUUCCAAUGUGGUCUUAAAAAGUAG